ACAAGCCAACGCAGAAUCCUCCGAGAACUUUCCAGCAAACGUUAGUUAGCGCGGCUAAUUUACGACAUUUAACGGAUUACUUACGACAUUCAACGGCUUCAUCUCGACCAUUCUACUUUUCAAUAUGGCUAAGACGAUUUCCCCCCAGGAGAGCAUCUACAAUUAUUUACCUGAUCAGGUUCACACUGAAAAGCCAAAGUCCAAGUCCAAGUUUAGACCAGUGCUUAUUCUGAAGGACAAGACGCUCAAGGAUGCAAUGAAAACUAUGGGACCUGCAAAAGUAGCCACUCCAUCUCCAGAUAAAUACCUCAAGAAACAUUCCAAAGAGCCCAAACUGCCCCAAAUCAAAGAGCGUUGUCAUCGCAUGUGCACUACAAAGAAACCAGCUGUCCCCUUGAGGUCAGAACACCCACCUAUGGACCUCCACAGCAAGAGAAGCCUCAUCAAGCCGACCACACCCGUCCCGACGAAACAGCUGGUAGCGUCUGUUGACAGCAGUCGAGGCCACAAGGAGCUCCUGGAACAUUCCGGACUGGUCCCCAAGUACGUCAACAAAAAGAGUUACGGCAAAGUGCCCGAGUACCUGCAGCAUCGCAACGAGGAAGUGCACAGAUCUGUGGACGAGUACAACAAGUAUCUGAAGGAGCAGAUGGAACAAGGUGCCAUGAGGCAGCUGUCAGAAGAGGAGCGACAAGCCAAUCUGGAGCGUCUGAGGACCACCUUGGCCGAGCUGCACAACAAGUACAACCGUCUGCCAGUGGUCAUGGACACUCCGACGCGCAAGAAUCGCAAGGACCAACUUGAGGACGAGAUCAAGCAGCUGGAGAGCGACAUCGGCCUUUUUGAGAGAUUCAAGACCAUCUACAUUGCUAAAUAGACCUCCAUCUUAAGUUGUCUUUACCACCCACCUUUUACACUUUCAGAAAUGCUUCAUGUCAUUGAGGACUUCAAGGAAAAGCAAAAUUUCCCUGAGACCUCCUUGAUUAAAAACUUUUGGUAGUUUUUAUGUUCAUUCUGCUAAGUAACAACCACUUUGCUAACGUUUGUGAAAAGCAAAAAUUACAUUUAAGACAUGAAGGUCUAAAAUAUAUCAGUGUUAUUCAAUGUUGUCCGUCCUGCUGGAAAGUAGAACUUCAGUCACACCAUUGCACGAAAAAAAUGCUUCAACCAGCAAAGUACAAUUACUCUAAAAUGUUUCAUACUUCCUCAGUAUAGUACUGCAAAAAUAAUAUUACAAAACUUCUUCAAAAACUAAAUUCCUCCCAAGAUGAAUGCAAAUCAUCCAAGUGUAUGUAUUUCAUUCAUUCCUUUUGUUAUGAGACAAUAAAGCACAAAAUAUUUGUCAAAA